CGCCAGUCGUUCUGGCGCUGGUCUUCGUUUACAGGGCUCGAAACAGCUUGCACAGCUUGAAUUUACAAAGCGUACGGGUUCCUCGAGUAUUUAGUUCCCACCCCGUGCAUCUAUCCCAUUUUGCAUCUUUCCAUCGUCGUCGCACCCCAACCGCUAUAAUGCCCCCGAAGCGCAAGUCUGUCGCCGCGACAAGCGCAAAUGAAGGCACUGCAACCCCCGCGAAAAGAAUUCGCAAUUCUGUAGCUGCCACCCCAGCUUCUGCCCCAGCGGCUCCUCAGGUCGAAGUUACUCCCCAGACUGGUGAGAAGAGAGGUCGUGGCCGUCCGCGCAAAUACCCCGAGGGCUCGACUUCCAAGCCUCCUGCUUCUGAUGGCCCCAAGCGUGGCCGCGGCCGUCCUCGGAAGGUUGUCGCGGAAUCCGAGCCCGAUGCUGGGCCUGAAGCUACUACCCCAUCUGCUCCCAAGAGAGGCCGUGGACGUCCUCGCAAGGAGACUGUCUCUGAGACGGUUGCAACUCCGGAGAUUAAGAAGAAAGACGGCCGUGGAAGGCCUCGCAAGGAGCCUGCUUCCAAGACGCCUGCAACCCCGGAGAUCAAGAAGAAGGAUGGCCGUGGACGGCCUAGAAAGAACCCUGCACCAAAUGGCGAGCCCGAAGCUCCCGGAGCUCCCGAGGCAAAGGCAGCACCGGCGAUUAAUAACAAUGUCGCCGAUACUAACCGUUCUUUUUGGCUUAUGAAAGCUGAGCCUGAAUCACGCAUGGAGAAGGGAGUUGAUGUGAAGUUUUCUAUUGAUGACUUGGCUGCCAGAACUGUGCCAGAGGCCUGGGACGGAGUGCGCAACCAUGUUGCACGCAAAUCUAUGCAGGAGAUGAAGAAGGGAGAUUAUGCAUUCUUCUACCAUUCAAACUGCAAGACCCCCGGAGUAGUCGGAGUGAUGGAGAUCGUGCAGGAAUCUUCCGUUGACGAAUCUGCCUUCGAUACCAAACACCCCUACUACGACCCCAAGUCCAAGCGAGAUGACCCGAAAUGGGUUGUCGUGCACGUCGAAUAUCGCCGCAAGCUCGGCAAGCAAGUCACCCUCGCGGACUUGAAGUCGCACGCCCAGCCCGGGAAGCCGUUGGAAAACAUGCAAAUGCUCAAGCAGUCCCGCCUCAGCGUUUCCUCCGUUACCCCGGCUCAAUGGCAGUAUAUCCUGGAACUGGCAGGCGAGGAGCCACUCGAGGAGUUUACCAAAGUGGAAUCUGGCGAGGAGAAGGCAUGAGGAAGCAAUUACCACAUAUGCAAGCGAUGUACAGACAGGUUUGCCUGUACAGUCUUUCGUCAUCUCUAUCAAUGGCGUUGCCGGCGAAUAUGGGUUCUCUGCAUUAUCUGCACUAGCGAAUUGAAGCGUCAUUUGAUAUUCAACACCAAGUCUACACGUAUUCAUAGUGCAAGACAUCCGGAGAUGUGCGAAGCCGGCUCUUCGACCACGACCUCUAGGAACAACCAUAUGUAGUUGGCUUCUCACAUACGGAGUAUAUGGUCAUGUUUAAUACUACUGAUAGCCUUCAGCUUGCUAUGGACUGCCUACAGUUAUUAGGCGCUGCACUUGAACUCAAAAUAGCCAAAGGAAUGGCCUAGAAAAUGGGUAGUAUAUAGGCGAUGUUCAUGUACAUACCUCUUAGAUGUACACAUUGCGACCAUAGUUGCAAGAAUAUCCCCAUUCCGAUCUAUCAACUCUCCAUCCAGCCCAUUCAGCACACGACACACCUCCAAUCCAUGACUGGACCGUGUGACACAAACCUCGAAACCUCCUCAACUUGCAUCCGCAUUUCCGCUAGGUAGACCGGAUCUCCCGUACGCCCAAUUAUUUCCAAUUCAAGCAACCGUUAUUCGUUUUGUGGAAUCGAGCUGUCAAGUACCACCUUGAGUAAGGAAUAUCGUCGAUCCCUGCAUAUUGAUGCAGCGAGCUGUAAGGAGCCGCGGAUCAUGGCUGCCACAUCCGGGAUCUAAAUUUAUAUUUGAUGGCUUCGAUGCGUCAGGGGUAUCGGAAACAAACGGCGGAGGUAGUAGAAGAUGGAUCGGGAUGAUAUCGUCCGCAUUAUGGCCCUUCGGAGAGUUUGACGGUCAACUCCAGGCUUGAACCUCGGGCUAUUGAUAAGCUGGAGAAAGAGUGAGGG